AAGAAGCUUUUAGUUUUUUCUAUCUCCCCAUUAAAACUUUUUCAGUUUUCACCUGAAACAACUUCCCCAACCAGGUUCGUGUUGUAAGGUGUAAGAAGCUGACCCCAAGCCAAUUCCUUACCGGUUAUCCCCAUCAAAUUUACUAGGAAAUCAAAUCCAUCGGCUUCUGUCUUGUGAUUGAUAUCAAUACCCAUCACAUCACUUUUUUAAACCAUCCAAGUGUAACAUCCACAAAAGCCUUGCAAUAUGUAUUAGUUACUACUUGUAUUGCACGUAUCUUCUUUUGUAAACUCCAAAUACUCCGUUUACCAAACCUCCAGCAACCCAUUGUCCUAGUUAACUUCAACAAAUUAUGAGUCAGUUCGACCAAACAGAACUAGCCGAUAGCUCGUUCUCAGAAGCAUCUCCCGACCGAUUAUCUUUCAAAUCAGCCAAACUGUCGACAGCAUCGUCUCUAAUAGCCGACUACACGGGAUCCCGUUCCAAGAAAGACAAGGUCAAACCAUCUUUUAACUACGAUUUAGACGUGUUUAAGUUGUGCCAGAAGUAUCUUGACGAGAAGAACCAUCAUGGGUUAGCGUUAAUCGCCCGACAACGAGGAUUGCCACCGUUUUUGCGAUUCAAAAUAUGGCCCGUGCUUCUCAAGUACCACCCGUACGUAGUAAAGCCGUCGAUUCAGCCGGACAAUGAAAAGAAAGACUCCCAGAUCACCGAGGAAGAGCUCCGCCAGAUGAUUAAAAAAGACCUCAACAAGUACUUGAUCCGGCUUCAAUAUUCCCGUGGUGGUAGCAUCAACAACCAACCCAAAGUCGGCCCUGAAGGGGGCGACGGCGAAGAAACCGAGUCCGACGAGUCCCGAGUCGAGAAACAGAUCUUCGAGACAUUAGAGAACUCGGUGGUGAAGUUCUUCUUGAAGUGGGGGAAAAUCCUCAAAUACGAUGGUGCUUUGACGUGGAUAGCGUUGGGGUUGGCCGAAUGGUUCCCUCCCAUCGCCAAAACCCAUUGGGUAUUGGUGGGAAGAGACUUGUCGUCCACCAACAACAACUCGGUCAAAGACAUGUUCACAGAUUACUCGAACUAUAUGGAGAACAUCCCUGAGUUGAAACUGUACCUUGACAAGUUGGUGGAUGAUGAGACCAUUUCCACCAUGUCGUUCCACGAUGUCUACGAACGUCUUGUUCUUGUGCUCUUGCACUGUCCAUCAAACAAGUUGCAGUCGCCCGGCCACCGAUCCAAGUGGUCUUCCAACAUGUUGAACAACGAGACCCUUUUGAACUUACCUGCCAACGGGUGUUCGAUUGAAGAGCGAGUGACGUUUUUCAUCUACAUUUUCAAAAAGUUGUUGCCCGAAUUGGCCCAUUACUUCAGUGAAGAACAGAUCUUGAACAAGUUCGGCUCUAAUGACGACGAGUGGUUGAUUUGGUGGUUGAAGUAUUGUGGGUCCAAAGUAUGGUCCCGUUUGGACAGAGGGAAGAUCUGGGAUCUUCUCCUUGGAUUCAAGUUCAAGACCCCUGGCAAAGACUACAAUGAACAGCUCCGAUUGGAUGCCAACUUACUUAGUAAGUUGGGAAACACCGACAUUUUCUGGUCCCUAAGCUUGGAUACUUUCAACUCCAAUUCGUUCAUUAAUCUUGCCAACUUGAACGUCUCGCAAGAGAUUUAUGCCAACGAGGUGGAAAUCCCUUUCCCCAAAGUCAAUCCGCAUGUUCAGUUGGUUUUUAUCGCGGUGGCAUUGUUGAAGUCCAAAGAAAACACUCUAAUCGAGUUGGAUCAACAUGAGAUCAGGCAGUACCUCUCUCGAUUACCUACCAAUUCCUACAACUUGACGAACAAGUAUCAUAUUUUCAAACAGAAGUUCGAUAAAAUGAGGGAAGACGAAAGCAGCAAGCCAUCGUCACGUUCGUCUCGGUCCUCCACCAUCGACCUUACCCCCAGAGACCCAUCUGGGUCAUUACUGGUUUCUCCAGAUCUUCACAAUAAUAUGAUCACAAACGACUCCCAGGAAAACCACUCGAUUGACUUUAUGGACAACAUCAUCAACGAGGCCGGCGAGCUCUGGCGAAAGUGGUUGUGGCUUGAAAACGAACAGUAGCAUAGACUUUAUGAUAUAGACCCAAUUGACGUAUAUUUAUUAGUUG